UUUUCCAUAAACUAAAGUACGGAAAUUAGAGAUAAAAUGUAGGUCAAUAGUUUGAUUAAAUUCGAAAAAUGAUAUUUUAUAAUAGAUCUUGAACAGUUUGGAAAGCUCGUUUUGGAACACAGUAUACCUGACAUGAGAAAAGAAAUGGCCGAAAUUGUCAGUCCUCAUUGUCAUGAAACUACAAAGAAGACAAAAUAUGGUGAUAAUCUGAUUGAAAAAGAAGAUAUCAAUAUUAACACUAAGUCAGAUAUGGCAAAAAGUUUCAUUACGGGAUGUGCUGUUCUAAACAUGAAUGAAUUAGUUCUAGCUGAUACUGACAACAAGAAGGUAAAAUUGGUAUCUAUAGAGAACAAACUUGUACAAAAAGAGAAAUCUCUAGACACACGGCCAUGGGAUAUUGCUGUAAUGUCUCAAGAUCAGUUUGCUGUUACAAUGCCUGGUAUCAAAAGCAUAUUUGUCAUGACAACAGACGAUAAUCUAUCAUGUAUUCGCAGCAUAAAAGUGGGUAGGGAAUGCUAUGGUAUAGACCUUAAUCAAGAUUGUUUUUAUGUUGCUUGUUUGUCUCCUCCUAGUGUGAUUGUACUGAAUACAAAAGGUGAUAUCCUGAAUGACUUCUCUCUGAAUUUUCUGACAAUAGGUUUUGCCCCGUAUAUUGCUGUGAGAAGGGAUUCUAAACUUAUGUUUAUAAGUGAUUCUGGUCACGACAGUGUGAUGAGUGUAUUCUUACAAGAGGAAGUUAGAGUUGCAUAUAAACAUGCAGAUCUUAGUGGACCCUGUGGAUUGUUGAUGCUAGAUGACAGAUCAUUACUUGUCUGCUGUCGUUGUAAUGACAAAGUUUAUCAAGUGAAAGAAGACUUGAAGCAAGUUAAGAUCGUGCAUGAAAAUAUACCAGAUCCGUAUUCGAUUUGCUACAAUAAACACUCUGGUGAAGUCUAUGUUGGUUGCCAUGGUAACCAGUUAAAAGUUUUGUCUAAAAAUGAUCAAUAAAACUAUCAUUUAGUUAGAAUUUGGCAGAUUUCACCAAAAAUGUUUCGUGAUUAUGCUAAAAAUGAAAAGGAAAUUCUAAAUAAAUAGAGCUUUUGAUGUAACCAGAUUUUACUUUAAAUUCAGACUUAUAUUAUUACGUGUUAGUUGAACAAUCUUCUUGCACUUGGCUAUUUUAGUAAUGAUAUACCAUUGGAAUGUUUCUGAGUGUUUAGAUGAAUUGAAUCCAACAAUCAAGCGGCAAACAUAUUAAGUUAUUUUAUGUGUGUGCAUUGAAAGGCCGUAAAAAAUCAGAUUAUAAGCGGUAUUAUCAUUUAAAUGAUUCUUUGAUUUUUAUUUGUUUGGGUCGUCAGACCAAACAAAUAAUGGUAGCGAAAUUUCAGAGUCUAAUGUUGUUAAUUGCAAAUGCCGAAAGUAGUCCACUUUUUUGGAGCGGUUACUUCCCUUUUGUAUGUACACUAAAGCCGAAAAAUUCAGGGGAGAUCACUGCGUAAAGAUGGUCAAAGACAGGCGCAUCAAUUUUCAAGCAAAGUAAUUCCCGAAUGGUCGAAGAUUUCUAAUAUUGUUUUAUUGUAUUUUCUGAUCGAAAAUAACUAAAUACAAAGCGGACAUUCAAUCUCUGACACAGAAGUUUACGACAAACCUAACAACAAGUAGUUCUCAAAACAGCUUAAAACUAGCGAUUUAAAAGAAAGAAAUAUUUUAUUUUGUUACAAGUAUCCAACAAAUUACAACGCAUUUAAAGUUAAACAAUAGCGUUGGCUUAUAGAAUUGUCAAUAAAUGCACAAUCACAAAUUACGCGGAUGAAUAUGAUUUUAUCAAUGAAAAUACUAUUUAUAAUUAUUACCGAAUACUACACAAACCGAGUAGUGGAAUAUAUAGAUUCUACAUGUCGGACUGUUUGGGCGAGAGGAUUUUCGCUAAAAUAUUUACUUCAGUUUUAAACAACAGGUUUACCCUGAACAAAAUACCUCGAAAUUAAUAAGGAUUACAAACCCGAAAUGCAAUAUGGAAGUUCUAAAUUUAGAAUGACUUGAUAUUAUUCAGAAUUUCUGAGUAUAAGUUCUCCGUGGUACAGUGGUAACGCGCACGCUUAGUGAGUGAGAGGUCUCGAGUUCGAAUCCCAGUCGAGGAAACUUUUUUUUUUGUUAAAUUCUUUUUUAAGUGUUUUUGUUAAGGAAGUAGCCAUGAUAUGCAAGGAUAAAGUGUGGCUGUAGUAAAAAAUGAACAUAAAUGAUUUUUUGAUGCAACUCUAGUUAUGCAGAAUUCCGUAUGUAUCAAACUCUGGUGCCUUGCAAAAUGAAUUAUAAUACAUAAAAAUAUACCUAUACAGGAAAAUGCAUACAGAUAUACAGUACGAUUUAGAUUGCAAAGAUCAGAAAAUACCACAGAACUUGCAGCCCUUUGAUUCUUUAUAAAUAUAAAUGCUUAUAGUAAGCUCCAGGAUUAUUUACAUCUGUGUUAAACAACAGUUAAAGUCGUUACAAGCCCUAAUUUAGAAUAAUAUGGUUUUCUUCAGCCCGUUCACAUAUAAAUUCACCGUGGCUGAAGGGUUUUUGGGCUCGCUUAGGAAGCGAGAGGUCUGGAGUUCAAAUCCCAGUAAAGGUAACUCAUUUUUUUUUCAAAUUGUUAAAGUCAAAUAAACAUUGGAUUGAAUAUCAGUGUUGCAAUUAGUCUUAUAGCCAAUUUACUACAAUUAAAACGCUGGAAAGCAUUGGUGGCACUAUACAUAUAAUCUCACAACCUGCACCUUUCUUACAUUCUGAGACCCAAACAAAUUCAGCGCCUUCUGUGCUUUGAUUUUAC